UACUAAAUUUAUAUUAUGACUAAAUAUACUUUUUUUCCAAUUCACAAUCAAAUGAUGCAAGCCACAGUUCAACAAAAAAAAUCAAACGGAGGCAAUCUUUUAAGACGAGUGGAAGUAUGACUUUUACGGUCUAAAAUAAGUUUCAAAAGUGCUUAAAGACCGCCCGAAAUAAUGGUCGUCGCGCAUCAAUUAGUAAAACAAAAAGGAUGGAACCCCAAAGGCAAGAGGGAGAAGAAGAAGAUCACUUCGCAUACGCCACGCAGCUGGUGGGGUCGGCGGUGUUGCCGAUGGUGUUGCACGCGGCGGCGGAACUUGGCGUGUUCGGGAUCAUCGCCGGAGCAGGCGACGGCGCUCAGCUCUCGCCGGCUCAGAUCGCCUCCCAGCUGCCCACCGCCAACAAAGAUGCCCCCGCCAUGCUCGACCGUAUGCUCCGCCUCCUUGCCUGUUACAAGGUGCUGAGUUGCACGGUGGUUGAAGGCGGCGGGGCCGGCGAUGUGACGCGACAUUAUGGGCUGGCGCCGGUGGGGAAAUACUUUGUGCCCAAUAAAGAAGAUGGCGCCUCGGUGGGACCCCUCUUAGCUUUGCUCCAAGACAAAGUCUUCCUCAAUAGCUGGUAUGAAUUGAAAGGAGCAAUUCUAGAAGGGGGAGUUCCCUUCAACAGGGUGUAUGGAAUGCACGCGUUCGAGUACCCGGGUAAGGACCCCAGGUUCAAUGAGGUCUUCAACAAGGCCAUGCUCAACCACACAACCCUGGUGAUGGGCGGCAUCCUCCGCCGCUACAACGGCUUCGAGGGCGUCGGCACCUUGGUCGACGUCGGAGGCGGACUCGGCGUCAGCCUCAGCAUCAUCAGUGCCAAGUAUCCUCGCAUCAAGGCCAUCAACUUCGAUUUGCCCCAUGUUAUUAAACACGCCCCGCCCUAUCCUGGCGUGGAACAUGUUGGUGGAGACAUGUUUGAAAGUGUUCCCAAAGGAGAUGCUAUAUUUAUGAAGUGGAUCCUCCAUGAUUGGAGCGACGAGCACUGCGUGAAGCUACUGAAGAGGUGCUACGACGCACUCCCGGCGGAGGGGGGGAGGGUGAUCGCGGUGGAGGGCAUUCUUCCGGCGAAACCGGAGGGCAGCCCGUCCGUGAUCGGGGUCACCCAGUCCGACCUCAUCAUGAUGGCUCAAAACCCGGGCGGCAAAGAGCGGUCGGAGCAGGAGUUCCGAGCCCUGGCGGCCGCCGCCGGGUUCAGAGCCCUCACCUUGGCCGCCUCCGCGUCCAACUUCUGGGUCCUCGAGUUCUCCAAGUAGUAAAUUACAUUCAUGCCCCCGCCGGACCGGGAAAUAAGUUACAGCACCACCACUACUCUGCUAUGUAAUCUCUUAAACUUGAUGGUGUUUUUUUUUAACUUUUUUUUUUGUUCUUAAAUAAUCAUUUGUGGAGUUCUAAAUAUGAGGGCUGUGGAAUAAUUAUUUCAUUUUCCACCUCAUCCACUUUAUUUGGAUAUUGGGUGAAAUUGAAAAAAAAUACAUAUUAAAAAAUUUCAUAAAAAACUUCAUAAAAUAAGAUAUGACAUCAUUA